AUGCCCACCGUGGAUGACAUUCUAGAGCAGAUAGGGGACUUUCACUUUUUCCAGAAACAAACAUUUCUCUUCUUAGCUCCGCUCUCUGCAACCUUCGCCCCCAUCUACGUGGGCAUCGUCUUCCUGGGCUUCACUCCCGACCACCGCUGCCUGAGCCCCGGGGUGGCUGAGCUGAGCCAUCGCUGUGGCUGGAGCCUGGCCGAGGAGCUCAACUACACGGUGCCGGGCCUGGGGGCUGCAGAUGAAGCCUUCCUCCGCCAGUGCCGGCGGUAUGAGGUGGACUGGAACCAGAGCACCCUUGGCUGCCAGGACCCGCUGGCUGGUCUGGCCGCCAAUAGGAGCCACCUGCCGCUGGGCCCCUGUCGUGACGGCUGGGUGUACGACACACCUGGCUCCUCCAUCGUCACUGAGUUUAACCUAGUGUGUGCCAAUUCCUGGAUGCUGGACCUGUUUCAGUCGGCAGUGAACGUAGGAUUUUUUAUCGGUUCUGUGAGUAUCGGCUACGUAGCAGACAGGUUUGGCCGUAAACUCUGCCUCUUAGUUACAAUCCUCAUAAAUGCUGUGUCUGGAGUUCUCAUGGCCGUUUCCCCAAGCUAUACUUGGAUGUUAAUUUUUCGCUUGAUCCAAGGACUGGUCAGCAAAGCAGGCUGGUUAAUAAGCUACAUCCUGAUUACAGAAUUUGUUGGGCUGAACUAUCGGAGGACAGUGGGUAUCUAUUACCAAGUCAUCUUUACCAUUGGGCUCCUGGUGCUGGCCGGGGUGGCCUACGCACUUCCUCACUGGAGGUGGCUGCAGCUCACGGUUACUCUGCCCAACUUUUGCUUUCUGCUCUACUACUGGUGCGUACCUGAAUCUCCGAGGUGGCUGAUCUCCCAGAACAAAAAUGCCAAAGCCAUCAGGAUUAUUAAGCACAUCGCAAAGAAAAAUGGAAAAUCUCUGCCCCCCUCUCUUCAGAACCUGAGACCUGAUGAGGAAGCAGGUGAGAAGCUGACUCCUUCGUUUCUUGACUUGGUCAGAACCCCCCAGAUCAGGAAGCAUACUUGGAUCUUGAUGUAUAACUGGUUCACGAGCGCUGUUCUCUAUCAGGGCCUCAUCAUGCACAUGGGCCUUGCAGGGGACAACGUUUACCUGGAUUUCUUCUACUCUGCCCUGGUUGAAUUCCCAGCUGCCUUCGCCAUCAUCCUGACCAUCAACCGCAUUGGUCGCCGUUACCCUUGGGCUGUGUCAAAUAUGGUGGCAGGGGCAGCCUGUCUAGCCAUGGUUUUUAUCCCUGAUGAUCUACAGUGGCUAAAGAUCAUUGCCGCGUGCAUGGGCAGGAUGGGCAUCACGAUGGCCUAUGAGAUGGUGUGCCUGGUCAAUGCUGAACUAUACCCCACUUUCAUCAGGAAUCUCGGCGUCCUCGUCUGCUCCUCCCUAUGUGACAUUGGCGGCAUCGUCACACCCUUCCUGGUCUACCGGCUCAUGCACAUCUGGCUCGAGCUCCCACUCAUGGUGUUUGCUGUGAUUGGCGUGGUUGCUGGGGGACUGGUGUUGUUGCUACCAGAGACCAAAGGGAAGGCUUUGCCUGAGACCAUUGAAGAAGUGGAAAACAUGCAGAGACCAGGAAAAAAUAAAGAAAAAAUGAUUUAUCUGCAAGUCAAGAAAUUAGACAUUCCACUAAACUAA